GCUACCUCCUGUCCUCACUCCUCUUCCCUCGGUUGCUGCUUUCCCAGCUCAGCUCAGUCUCAGCACUCGAAUUAACGCGCGCUUUCCUAGCUUCUACAGCCUUCCGGUUCCAAUUUCAAACCCAGCCCAAGCACGCGCGCAGCAUUAGUUGACCGAGUGUGACAGGAUGGUGAGCAAGGUCGCCGACGAGCCGCAGAUGCUGUCGAAGAAGGCCGGAUGCAACAGCCACGGCCAGGACUCGUCCUACUUCCUGGGAUGGGAGGAGUACGAGAAGAACCCCUUCGACCCCGUCACCAACCCCACUGGCAUCAUCCAGAUGGGCCUCGCCGAGAACCAGCUGUCGUUCGACUUGGUGGAGGACUGGCUGGAGAAGAACCCGGACGCGCUCGGGCUCCGUCGGGAAGGCGCCUCCGUCUUACGCGAGCUCGCGCUCUUCCAGGACUACCACGGCCUCCCCGCCUUCAAGAAUGCAUUGGCGAGGUUCAUGUCGGAGCAGCGCGGGUACAAGGUGGCGUUCGCCCCCAGCAACAUCGUGCUCACCGCCGGCGCCACCUCGGCUAACGAGGCGCUCAUGUUCUGCCUUGCCGACCAGGGCGACGCCUUCCUCAUCCCCACCCCGUACUACCCAGGGUUCGACCGGGACCUGAAGUGGCGCACCGGGGCCGAGAUCGUGCCGGUGCACUGCACGAGCGGCAACGGGUUCCGCGUGACGCGCGCGGCGCUGGACGACGCGUACCGGCGCGCCCAGAAGCGGCGCCUGCGCGUCAAGGGCGUCCUCAUCACCAACCCCUCAAACCCUCUGGGCACCGCCGUGCCACGCGCCGACCUCGAGAUGAUCCUCGACUUCGUCGCUGCCAAGGGCAUCCACCUCGUCAGCGACGAGAUCUACUCCGGCACGGCCUUCGUCCCCGACUCCUUCGUCAGCGUCCUCGAGGUCCUGCCCAGCACGCGCGCCAUGGCCGACCGCGUGCACGUGGUGUAUAGUUUGUCCAAGGACCUGGGCCUCCCGGGGUUCCGCGUGGGCGCCAUCUACUCCUCCAACCCGGGCGUCGUCUCGGCGGCCACCAAGAUGUCCAGCUUCGGGCUCAUGUCCUCCCAGACGCAGCACCUCCUGGCCGCUCUCCUGGGCGACAAGGACUUCACCCGAAAGUACCUGGCCGAGAACAAGCGCCGGAUCAGGGAGCGGCGGGACCAGCUUGUCGACGGGCUCAAGGAGAUCGGCAUUGCGUGCCUGGACAGCAACGCGGGGCUCUUCUGCUGGGUGGACAUGGGCCACCUGAUGACGCAGCACGGGCGGUCGUUCGAGGGGGAAAUGGCGCUGUGGAAGAAGGUGGUGUUCGAGGUCGGGCUCAACAUCUCCCCCGGGUCGUCGUGCCACUGCCGCGAGCCCGGGUGGUUCCGCGUCUGCUUCGCCAACAUGUCCGCCAAGACGCUCGACGUCGCCAUGCAGCGCCUCAGGGCCUUCGUCGAGACCACAACAAACAGCAAAGGAGGAAGUGCUCUGCGCCGCGCCCCCGCGGCUCCUGCCAGGAGCAUGAGCUGCCCGCUGGCCAUGAACAUGAAGUGGGCGCUCCGGCUCACCCCGGUCUCCGCCGACCGGAAGGCCGAGCGGUAGAGACUGCUGCUGCUGCGUUACGUAACGUAGCUAGUGUUGAUAAAUUACCUACCACGUACGGUACGAUCGAGCACACACACACCUUGAUUAGUCAGAACCAUUACGGCCUAUGUCCAUAGGUAAAUAGUGCUACAUACUGCUACGGACACUAUACUCCUAGUACGCCAGUAGCCGAUUCUUUUGGUUUCUUUGUAAUUUUUGCUGUAUACCCACCAUUUUUCCUCGGCGCACCGGAUAUAGACACCGAGGUGCCCGAGGUUCAGUGCUGUAUUUACAUUUUCGCGGUACGGUAGGAGAGGAGCUAGACACCCAUGCAUCGAUCGACCGAUCCAUCGGUAUCGGAUCGUGUAUUUUUUACCGGGAGUACAACUCUUUGGAGUUUUCCGGUUGUUCGCUGUAUCAUUGCUCCCCGGUUGUUAUUGGUCAAUAAAUAAACUGCGUACUUACUGCACUGUACUA